AGGUGUGGUCUCUAGUAGCCACAAAGCUGACAUGACAGAGAAGUCAGAACUAGAGAUAGAGCAGCUAGAGCUAGAGAUGACAUCCAAGGCUAGAUUUGUAGACAGUGCAAGUACUUCUAGCUCUGUGGAGGUGGACACAGCUGUGCCUUCCUACAUAAGUGUCCAGAAUGGUCCUAUAACUCCAGUACCAGUCAAGAACUUCUCUGGAACUGGUAGCUCGGUGGCUUCAUACAAAUACAGAGUGUACCCAUGGCGUUGGCUCAUGCUGGUGGCAGUCUGUCUGCUUAAUGUCAGCAAUGGAAUGAUGUGGUUGUCGUUCUCUCCUGUACCGGCUUUGACUGCGGUCUACUACGGCAUCAGUGUGAGUGAUGUCGAUAUGUUCUCCAUCAUCUUCUUUAUUGUUUCCCUGGUUGUGGGUUUUGUGGCCAUCAUUCUACUGGAUAAAGUCGGUCUCAAAGUACCACUUUAUAUAGGAGCCGCGAUGAACCUAAUUGGCUCAGGCCUACGUCUGUUGAGCUCCAUCAAUUUCCUCAUUUGUUCCCCUGUGCCCAAGGCUGCAUUCUACGUUGCUCUCCUGGGUCAAGCCCUCACAGCUGUGGCCCAACCAUUCAGUCUCUACGCACCCACCACUUUAGCAGCUGUCUGGUUUGGCCCAAAAGAGAGAGCGCUCUGUACUAACUUUGCAUCUGUCUCCAACCCUAUUGGACUUGCAAUAGCUCUGGUGGCCACUCCGUAUAUAGUCACUACAGUGGACCAAAUCCCUACAAUGUUGUGGAUAUACACCAUCCCAGCUGGAGUUACUUUCCUCCUCACCCUUGUGGCGUUCUGGUGGAAGGAGCCACCCAUCCCCCCUGCUUCAAGUGGGGGCAGGGAUCACAUACCUCCUUUCUUCAAGGGACUACUUCAGGUGCUGAAGAACUGGUCGUUUUGGGUGUUGCUGAUAUUCUGGGGUGGGGCAGCAGGAAUGUUCAAUGCUCUCGUCACUCUCCUACCACAGAUACUUUGUCCCUAUGGAUACUCGGAUAGAGAUUCUGGUCUGUGGGGAGCUCUGAUGAUAUUUUUUGGUCUGGGAGGAGCCACAGUUGCUGGCAUCAUCAUUGACUACACCAAGAUGUACAAGGAUGUAUCUAUAGUGUCCAUAGGCUGUGCCAUUAUCUCCCUUGUGUGGUUCAUGGAGGUUUCCACUUUUGCAAACCAGCAUGUCUUGGUGGCUUCAUCACUGUGUGCGUUUGGGUUCUUUGCGCUGGCUCAAAUCCCAGUGUGUAUGGAGCUGGGUGUGGAGAUCACUUACCCUGUGGCUGAGUCCAUUAGCUCAGGACUGCUCUGGAGUGCAGCUCAGGUGCUUGGUAUUGCAAUCGUCUUUAUCAGCCAAGUUCUAACAAAGGCCAUGAGUCCAGAGCAGAUCCACAUCAACCAGUGCGGAAAUGACAUUGACUUUAACUCCUCCACCACCUUAACCUCUUGUCAUCAAAGUACCCAUAAUGCUUCAAUGCCUGAUAUCGUAGGCCCUAGUCUCAUACUCACUGAGUUAGGACCAGCUAUGAUCUUCAUACCCACGUUUACUACAAUCCUGUUUGUGUUCUAUGUGGUGUUCUUUCGACCAAAGUAUAAAAGAAUUGCUGCAGAAAGAAUUGCAAGUUUUGAAGCGUCGGUAUAUGUAGGGAAUAGACAGACCAAAUAACACUGAACUCGUAAUAUUUAAAUUUUUAGUGCUGUGUGUGGUUGCACAAUGUUUUAAUUUUAUGGUGAGAAAAUAUUAAUGUUUUGUCUU